AAGCACAACACUUUUAAAAUAGCGAAAGCACCAAAGUCAUGAGGCACGCCUGCCUGUGGCGCACUCUUGGUCUCUUGGAUGGUCAAUUUGCAUAUUUUGCUGGCACAGGAAAGAAAAUUCAGAAUAGGCGGUUUCGAUGUGCACAAUGAACUUUGGAUGCAAAUAUAGCAGUAGUUUUCUGAGAGAGUGCCUAAAAAUAGUGAAUGACUGGUAUAAAGUUAAGUAUUUAAAACCCGCAAUGCAGAGUAAAGGUAGAAAACACAGUAUGAUUAGUAGUUUUGCCAUGGUAAUUUCAGUCCAAAUCCAAUAACGCAAAGACACCCACCAAUACUGAAGAAAUACAACUUGGCUUUCUAGGACACCUCAUCCCGCGGACGACCAUGAGGGACAGAUGAACAGACAUACCAGUUCAUCCAUCUUAGAAUGGAGAAUGAAAAUCAGUUCACAGGACAUCGAAAUUCAUCUGCACAUGGAUUUGAUGAAAUCAUUAAAACCAUGGGUUUGGACAACCAAUUGACUUGCCAACAGGCAAAAAAGAAGUGGGAGAAUUUGAAGAAAAAAUAUAAGGAUUUAUUACUUUCUGGAAAGGAAUCUGGGACAGACUCAGAAAAAGCCACUGCUGCAAUAUGGCCGUUUUUUGCUGCUAUGCACAAAGCAGUUGGCCAGAGGCCUUCAGUAAUUCCUCUUAAUUUAAUCGCUUCAGCAGAGGGCGUUUCACCCCAAGGAAACAAUUCUGUAGCCCAGUGCCCAACUAAAGGGCUGGCUUCAGAAGGCAAUCAAGUACAUUUGGCAGAAAUAGUCAGUGAUGCAGAAUCAUCCAUGGAAAAGGAAACCAAUGUUAACGCACACAUAGAAAUGGAUGUGCCCAUUAAACAGUGCUCAGCAGAGCAUUCAGAUCUUCUUUCUAGGAAAACAUAUAGACAAAACAUACAGAAAAGGAAAAGUGAUGACGUUUUAGAAUUUCUGAAAACAAUGUUUGAACAACAAGAAAAAAGGUUCAGAGAAGCUGAAGAGAGGGAGGCGGUAAGACAAAAAAGAGCUGAUGAACAGAUGGAGAGAAUGUUAAACAUUUUGGAAAAAAUUGUGGAGAAAAUCUGAUUAUGGAGAAAUUGUGAAAUUGUGCUUAGAACUGAUGCCUCGUCUCGCAGGUUGUAAAGUCUGAAUUGAAAUCCUGAACUGGUCACUGUCUGUGGAGCCUGCUUGUUUUCCCUGUGUCUUUGUUCAUUUUCUUUGGAAUACUCAGUUUUGCAUUAGAUUAAGCAUGUUUAAAAAUGGAUGGGUAAAAUAUGCACAUAUACAUUAAAUGAAAAUGACCAUUUUGCUAUUCA